AUGGCUGAUAGGACGACACAGUUCCGUAUACCAGACACAGACAGAUCGACGGAGGGGCGCCUAUAUUGGCAAGCUCCUCACCCUCCAGCACGAGGUGUCGGGGAUGUGUCAGCAGUCGAUGAGGAUAAACUCUACAUUGAGAACUUUACCUAUGAUGGCGUUGGCCCAGAUGCGUUCUUCUGGAUUGGUAACGGAAGUCAGCCCAGCCCUAAGGGUCACCUCAUCCGCUACCCCCUGAACCCCCCUGAUGGGAAGCCAGUACAGCUGCCCAGAAUCGACGGUAAGAACAUCCUCCUGCACCUGCCGCCCGGGAUUAAGGUCACCGAGAUGAAAUGGUUCUCCGUCUGGUGCCGCAGGUUCACGGUGGAUUUCGGUCACGUCACCAUCCCUGAGAACCUGGACCCACCACGCAAGAGAGUCCUGCCAGAAUUCCAGCGCCUUGCCCACGGCCUCCGCUCAGGGAACAUCACUAUCCUCGACGCCCGCACCUUCUACAUCCCCAACCUCCACUACGAUGGCCUUGGCCCUGAUGCCUACUUUUGGGUUGGCAAGGGUCCCAAGCCUGAUCCCAAGGGCCAUAAGAUCCCUAAUGAGAUGGGCAGCCUGGAUAUACUGAGAACCUACGAGGGUGAGGACAUUGAACUGCAGUUGCCUGAGAACUUGACGGUAUACGACAUUGAUUACCUGGGCAUCUGGUGCGUAACCUACAAGCAUAACUUUGGCCACGUCCAGAUCCCCCGCCCGGAGGAGUUGUGGGUCCCACCUGCACUGGGACAGACGCGCAUCAAGGCCCACAUCACGCCCUCAGAGUUCGACAACUGCCGCCAGCUAAGUGAUGAUCUGCAGGUAGAGUGGCAAGCAAAGGAGCAAGAAGUCCUCAUCCGCCUCACUGCCAGGAUGGGCGAGAACCAGUACAUAGCAUUUGGCCUCUCCCCGACCAGUGGCAAACCCGAGAUGCUCAACUCUGAUAUUGUGGUCGCUUACUAUGACAAAGACGACGGCUCUUUCCACGCCAUAGACUACAGUGUUACUGCCAAAUCACAGUGUGACGGGACAUCUGGAGUAUGUCCUGACGAGCAGGUGAACGGUCGGAAUGAUGCAUCUGUAAUUGGUGGUGAACGCCGGGAUGGGAUAACCUCCAUCACAUUCAGUCGGCCAUAUGAAACCAAUGACCAGCUGGACAUGCCCAUCUCCCGUUACUCAGAUAAUAUUCCCGUCAUUGCUGCCAUUGGUCAACUUAACGCUCGCAAGGAGGCCAACUACCAUGAGGAUCUUGAGAUCAAGAGUAAUGUGAACCUAGACUUCAGGGCAACGGGAGACAACUCGUGUACCCUGCUGGCGGGAGGAGGACAUGAGACAACACGCUAUCAACCCUGGUCAGCAAACGUCAUUCGCGCCACCACUAACUUCACCGCCGUCAUUGGUCCAACUGGAGGAGAACACGGCUAUUCCGGAAUUACCCGGAAUGUCGCGAGAUGGAAAACAGCCUUUGAUGGUCCCAGUCAAGUUUGUUACCAACACCUCAAAUGGCUGCAUCCCCCCAGUGACUCCAUGAGGGUCCAUACUUCAGACUCUCCGUCCUGGGACAUUGCCUGGUGGAUAAACGACAUGCUCAUCCCAGAGAUAUAUGUUGAACGUGGCCAGACAUAUUAUUUCACCGUCCAUGGCGGCAAUGAUCGCCUCAACAGUGCCAAGUACCAUCCACUGUAUAUUACCUCCUCCCAUGAGGGCGGCUUUGGUCAGAAGACAGUUGAGGAACAAAGCCAAGAACAAGUAUUUGCUGGUGUCUCAUACUCCAAGAUGGGCAUGCCCGAAGCAACUGCAGCUGGACGUUUGUGUAAGUGGAGGCAUAUUGGCAUGGAUGCAUGGGAAGACAGUUUAACAUUUGAAGAAUACAAGGAAACACUGUAUAAGGACUGUGAUCCAGGUCUGCCAGGCUCUCUGGUGUGGACUGUGGAUGAGGACACUCCAAACCUUGUUUACUACCAGUGUUACACGCACCGUAACCUGGGAUGGAAGAUCCACGUUGUUGACAGUGGGUACAAGCUGAGACGAGAGGGUGACAAUGGAGGAUGCACUCUUAUCCCACCUCACCUCCUUGCCUCAAUCCUGCUGCUAGCACUUACAAUUCCCCUCAGAUGAAACCUUAAUCUACAGUAGCAGCCCCUCACACAGCUCCAGCCUCACACUCCCUCAUCCACCAACUCUGCCACAGUCCAGGGAUAAGACACUCAACAAAAUCACAGUCCUCUGAGUUUAUGGCUUUUUUGUAAACCUACCGUCUGCAACCCAGAGAUUUUAUGUUUAUUUAUUGUCAGUAGAAUUUGAUGUAAAUCUCAGUUCAUUUUAUAUGGAAACAAAGAUAAUUUUUGAUAAUAUUUAUGACAACUUCGUCAUCUGCUUUGCCCAUGUGUUUAGCCAAACUAUUUACAAAGUGUGUGUCAGUAAGGACACGACAUGUGACAGGCAGACUUGCUGUAUAGCCACUAUAUUGGCAUGUGAUUCAUGAUUAUUUAAUCUGAGUCAUCACUUCACUAUUGCUCUCCAUGUUGUAAAUAAAAUUAACAUUUCCUGUUUUUAUAUCACUGUAGAUCCUAAUUGAUAAGUUUCAUGGACAUUUACUUGUACAACCCAACUUAGUCUGAAUUGUCUUCAUAAUCAUUAUUUCAUAAGUGCUUUUCAUUCUACGAGUUACAUGUGUUUUGUGACAUGUUCUACUAUUGUAGCCUUAUGGUGCAGUACUGUUCAAAACAAAACUUCCAUAGACUGGUUAUUGAACUUAGAUUUUUUUAUUUCUUGUGGUAAAAAUGAUCUAGCAAUAAAUAUCUGAUUACAAACAGCUCAAAACUCAUAUAGAUAAAUUGGUUAGUAUGAUAAGCUCAGACGAGAGUCUCUGAGAGAGGGUUUAAAUGAACACAAAUAUAAUAUAUCCUUGAUGUGAGUGGACAAGUCUGAUUGUGUCCCUCUCUUGAUGUUCUCUCACAAUAAAGACAUAAUCAUGUACAUAUGAUGAUUAAUGUUUACUUAGUACAUUCAGGCACAUUUGUAAAUGUAUGCAUGGAGCACAUUAACAUGCCAUCAUCAUCAUAGGAAUGACAUCUUUGGAAAACUAAUUGGUAUAUAUUUGCAAUAAAUAUAUGUACACAUUUUUA